AUGGAGAACAAGCGAACGAGAGGUCGUCAAAAGAUUGACAUGAAGAAGAGAGAAAACGAAGAAGAUCGCCUCAUAACCUUCUCAAAGCGCCGAGCCGGCCUUUACAAGAAGGCGAGUGAGCUCUGCAGUCUCUGUGACGCAGACAUUGGAGUGGUCAUUUUCUCUCCAACUGGGAAACCAUUCUCAUUUGCUCAUCCCAGUAUGGAGUCCAUCGCGAACCGGUUCUUGAACCGCAACCCUCAGCCAAAUGAGAAUGCCUCUCAGCUCUUUGAGGCUCACCGCAGGGCUAGAGUCAACGAGCUCAACGAAAAGCUCAUUGAUCAGACAGCCAGGGCGGAUGCUGAAAAGGAGAGAGAGACGGUGCUAGAACACAGUGCAAGAGCUCGCGGAAACCGGGACUGGUUUGAUGCAUCCAUUAUGGAUGGGUUGAACAAAGAAGAGGUUGAUAGAUUGAGUGCACGUUUUUUGGAGGUGAAGAUGAUGUGCAACAACAGAGGGAAUGAGUUGGCUGCAGGGAUGGGGGCCUCGUCUUCGUCCUCUGCUGCUCCGGGAAUUGCCGGACCAAGCCAGGGUCCUUCUACUGCUCCUCCAAGCUAUGGCUAUGGCUAUGGUGGCAUGCAGUGA